AUGGAUAUGGUUCACGUGUCAAGCAUUCUGCACAGUUAUGAAAGUUCUCGGCAGUACAGCGCUCGAGAUUUUCUUCGCAUUGCAAGAUCUCAAGCGACGGCAGGCGUCGGUGCAUGCGAUUUGUAUUAUAUUCCUUCUCGGUCUUCCUGCCGCCAUGAAUUCCUUCUUGUCCAUGUUAGUACUGGUCACUUUGUAUGGAAAGGAGAGAGUCUCGUGCUCAUUGUCGAGCGCAUCCCCAGUAACAAUGGAGUACAAGUAGUGUCUUCGAGUGGUGGAGUCGCAAGAGACACUGUCACAGUCGUGCGAGCCAGAGAACACCACGAAUAUUGGCAGAGGGCCAGUCAAAAUCCAGUGUGCAGGGGAACACUUCGAUGGGACCACCCUUCAGCCCAUCUCGUGGAUAUCGCAUUCAUUGCAAGCGCCGCAUCUGCCACAUUCAAAUACUACAACCUUUACACUCACCAGUGCUACUGGUAUGCUAGGAUCAACCUAGCUGCGAUGGCGAGAGCGUUUCCGUCUUGCUCCAGGGAGGGCACUACGUCGUUCUCAAGGAGGUGGCUUCCACUUUUGGGGACCUACAAGCCAUCACAAGUCCAGCUCCUUGUAGAUCUUCAUACCAUCGGCUGCAGAGAUUUACACUCACCUUCCGACUACCUAGCUCCUGUGGUCCCCGCGAUUGAGACCGAACGACAUACUUCUGGUCUGGUCACACCCGAUAUUCUCCACACUUUAGCCACAUCGAUAGCCAGCUCUUUUGCGCGGUUAAUAUUUCUUGAACCAGAGGCUGACAUUGCAAAUCGACAUCAUGGCCAAAUUCCAGGAGAAAUACCCGAACCAGGCAGGCAAAUGAAUGGAACGCCUUAA